UCUAAAUUACAAGCGUCUGAAUGAGUAAACUCUCAAGGUCACCACGGAGAGUAGACCGGUGAUCAGGUAACCGAACUGAAAAUGAGUACAAAAUCAGUUGUGUCCCGGAUUUCCUCUGCGGCUGUGCAGACCUCCGGGAAGGAAAAAGUUUUGGCUGCUUUUUUUACAUCACGUCCAGUCCAGAUCAUGCACAAGAUUUAUAGAAAAGUACUUUAUUAUCCACAGAUUGGAUUGUACAGGGAUGACUGUACAAAACGUAACUUCUAUGCCCCUGGAGUUCUGAAUGAAGCUGUGCAACGACUUCCAGACACUAUUCAACGGGAGAGACAAUUUCGAAUCAGCAGAGCUUUCGCUAAAAGUGGCAACAAGACUGUCAUGAACAAGAAACAAUGGACUCUUUACAAUGAUAUGAGGUAUAUUGAUAAUGCUAUUGACACAGUAAUCCGUGACAUAGAGGUAAAGAGAUACUGGGAUCAAAAUGGAGAACAACCUCCAGAUGAUUUCAAGUUAUCUCCAGAAGAAUACCAAGAAGCUUUAUCAAAAGUGGUUGGCAUGAUGGAAGCACCUGCUGAGGCGAAAUGAGAAACAACUUCAUUUUCCAUUAUUUAAAGUGUUGGUGACAUAGUUACUAUAACAUGAACUUCAUUAAUUGAUGGAGUUUUACCUUUAUGAGAAAUCUAGUAUUGAGUGUGUUUAUGAAUUGGAAUGGUUUCCAUCAGGUACUAUCUAUGAUGGAGGUUAUUUUGAAACAGUGACUUUUAAUUAACAUCUAAAUACUUCAGGUAUAUUAUGAAAAUUGGGAUAUGUGAAUAAACAUUAUUUGUUAAAGAAGA